AUGGAUAUGAAAAAGGAACUGCUAGCCGGCCUGAUGUCGACGCCUAAAUAUAUACCUGGUUGGUAUAUUUACGACAAGGAAGGAUCGAGGCUGAACGACGUUUGUCUAAAGGAAAAUAAAAACUACUACUUCCAUAGGUGUGAGCUGAAUGUAUUAGAAACCCAUCUUUCGUCUAUGCUGACAUUUGAUACCGAGAACACCGUUCUAGUCGACAUGGGGAGCGGGAACUGCCAAAAAACACGCUUAUUUAUUGAUAAUAUAUUACAAAAUCAAGACAAGCUGACUUUUUAUCCCAUUGAUAUUUCACAUGAGUUUUUAUCGGACACCUGCAGACAACUUUCUGAAGAAUAUGCUGAGAAACUCGAAAUCAAUCCUAUCGCUACUGAUUAUGAAACUGGCAUCAGUGAAAUCAGGACUUUUAUCUACCCAAAAUUGAUUCUAUGGUUUGGUAGUAUCCAGAUACUUGAACCUGACGACCAAAUACGAAUACUACAGCUGUUGAGGUCAGCGAUGACAGAACGCUGCUGUUUGAUCUUCAGUGUCGAUAUAACACAAAACAGAGAAGCGGUCAUAAAGGCAUACAGUGGCGUUCAUGCCUGAAAAUGCGCAUGCGCAUAAACCGAGAAAAAAGCAAAAUGGCGGACGCAAACCAGAAAAAACGACGAGGUCCUAAAAGUUACUUGACGGAAAGUGCAAGAAAACGAAGGAAAAAAGAAUCAGAACAGAGAAGAGGAGAGGCGAGAAUCUACAUAAGCAAAGAGAUAGAUAGAUGGCGAAAGGUAAAGGAAGAUCUCGCACUGGAGACUGAUUC